AGGCUAAAUUUACAACUAGAAUAUAAUCAUAAAAAAAUGUUUAAUUAUUACAUUAUUUUUUGUUAUAUUUUAGUUGUAUUAAAUGUGGUCACUGGCGGUAACCAACGUGAAUGUAUUGUAGAGCGUGUGCCCAACGCGGACACAGUAUGUGUCUGUAACGCCACAUAUUGUGAUGACAUCCCUCCCGUUCCCGCACAGAAAGUCGGUUCGGUUUAUGUGUUCGAGAGUAAUAAAAUUGGUUAUCGUUUUAAACAAACAGAAAUCAUGUUUAAUAGAGAUUACACUACCGACACAUUUGCAACACUGAAAAAUGUGAGCAUCACUAUCAACAAACAGAUUACAUACCAGUCCAUCAAUGGCUUUGGCGGAGCUUUUACGGACAGUACGGGACAAAUGCUCAAAUGUGUCAACGAAUCGCUGGCCGACCUAUUGAUUGACAGCUAUUUUUCCAGUAAUGGAAUCGAGUAUUCAAUCGGCCGCAUACCGAUCGGCGGCACCGACUACUCGGAUCGUCCGUAUAGUUAUGACGACACCGACGAAGAUCUGGAACUCAAACACUUUGAACUACAAAAAGAGGACAACGAGUGGAAGAUCCCAUUCAUUAAGAAAGCUUUGUCAGUGAGUCCGCAUAAACUCAAACUAUUUGGUAGUCCGUGGAGUCCGCCCUCUUGGAUGAAAACUAACCAUAAAUUCAACGAAAGUGGGUCUAUUAGGGGUGAUGUCGGCGGUAAAUAUUACCAGUCGUGGGCCAACUAUAUUGUCAAAUUUCUUGAUGCAUACAAAUCGCAUGACAUACACUUGUGGGGUAUAACAGUAGAAAAUGAGCCGGUAAUGGGUGGGCUAUUACCUAAACAUCUAUUCAAUUGUCUGAAUUUGACGGCUCAACAGGAACGGGAUUUUGUCAAAAACAAUUUGGGUCCCGUUUUGGAGAAAUCAGGCUAUGGAAAGGCACAGGGAUUUCAGUUAAUGAUUUUCGAUGACUCCAGUAAUUACAUGCAAUCGUAUUUGGCGCCCAUAUUGGCGGACAAAGAGGCAGCCAAAUAUGUUUCGGGUAUAGCCUAUCACUGGUACGUAAAUAUGCUCUAUCCGGGCGGCUUUCCUGACACAAUAUUCGAGGAUAUUCACCAAAAAUAUGGUCAAAAUUAUUUUCUGAUGAACACCGAAGCGUGUCAUAUAAACGGUGCAGAGGAAGGCCGUUGGGAUCUCGCAGAGAGAUAUGCCAACGAUAUUAUUAAGGCUCUCAAUCAUUAUGUGAGCGGUUGGGUCGAGUGGAACAUGGCUUUGGAUAUGCGUGGCGGUCCCACGUGGCCCGUAACCUACGGGUGCGGCGGUACGGUUAACAUUGAUUGUGAAAAGGGAGUGGCCUACAAACAGCCAUCAUUCUAUGCUCUGGGACAUUUUAGCAAAUUUAUACCACCCAAUUCACGGCGUGUCAACCAUACAGUUGACAAUCCUGUCGAUGGUCUACUCAUUGUAACUUUGGUCAGACCAGAUAACAGGACAGUUGUGGUCGCAGUAAAUAAAGGCAAUGAAGAUAUUGUGCUCAAUAUUACUGUAUCGACUGAUAAAUGGGUGUCUCAUAAAAUAGGCAGUCAUUCCAUACAAUCAUAUAUUUGGUAA